AGACAAUCCCGGAAGCCGGUGCCAUGUUGUGAUUUUUGACGAAAAACAAAAAUAUCAUCACGGGCGAAGUUCAGAAAAGUGGGACAGAGCAGAUUUCGGGGUGAGGAUGGAGGUAAGAACGAGAGUAGAACGUUUUCAGUGGGGAAUCACUUGUGUGGUCGGCAUAUCCAAACCUGUGCACAAGUGUCCACAAUCUUUGGUUUUCAAACACACAACAAUGAACACAAGCUCAGAAAGCCUGACAUCAUUCAGACCUAGCAAGCUAACUAGCUAUUAGCCAACUCUUUCCUAGUUUGUCAGCUUUAAGUAGAGAGCUUAAGUCCCUGUAUGAAAAAUGUAUAUGUUCACUAACUGUAAGUCGCUCUGGAUAAGAGCGUCUGCUAAAUGACUAAAAUGUAAGAUUGAGAUUAACUAACUACCUUAUCUGAUCCUGUGAGAAAGCUUGCUAGUAAACAGCAAGAAGGUGACAACAGAAAAAUUAUUUCCUCCUCCACUCUGCCUGUCUAUUCGAGUUGUUGUCGUCUCUAAAAUUAAUAAGUGGCAAUGGCUGUUAUUCUUGACAGUGAGAUUUUCCAAAGAUUUUAAAGGGAGUUCGUAGUGGUUGUUGUAACAUUUCUGUUAGGUUUUGUCCAGAGAAUAAACGGUUAAAGCCUUUCAUUUGGCGUGGUCUUUACUAGGCCAUUGGGAUAAACCAUUUGAGAAAAGUGGAAGUCCAUGUUGGAUAUCAGCUGUUUGUUUAUUUAAUUCAAUAAUCGAUUUUUGUUUGUAAUAAUUCACCCAUAUGUGAAUUUAAACAAGUACAUCAAUUGCUACAUGAUGACAAAACGCUUUGAACUAAAUAAACUGCUGUGAAAGCAACAUUCCGAUAUCCCAGACACCCCCAAUUCUCACACUGGAACCCGCCCUCAAGAUAUGGCGAUUCAAUUCCAAAUCCACAGUUCUGGUUCCAUUGAGCAGCCUUGCUCGAGCGCAGAGCAGCCGUCGUGAGAAAGAACCGGACGAGCUGAAUUCUGAAAUGCAUCAAGACAUGUCAAAAUACUGUCAUUUGCGGGACUCCAUAUAGCUUAUAUUAUUAGCCUUCUGUUAACUUGUGUUUGUGAGGUUAAGAUAGCGCGAGUUUGUUUGGGUGUAGUAGGUGUAUAAAUCCAGCGAGCACAGGAUUCGGUACCACCGCCUUGCGUCAGCAUAGUAGGACAGCCACGCUAGUUAGUAACGAGACGGGUUAUUUUUGGUAUGAGUGAUCGAGCGCUGGCGUGCACUGCGAUAAUUAUUUCGCCAUAUGCGUAGCAAACGUCCGCUUCGUUUUAUACCAUCAAAUCGCUAUAAAUCCUGCAUAUUUCAUGACAGAAAUCUGAAGUCUGGGCUGUAGCCAUUUUUGAUUUAUUCUUCAUUGGUUGUAAAUUUCGUGAUACUUAAACAAAGUCAGUGAGUGGUACAGUAGUUUUCGUUCAUAGAUUUUUUUUCCCGCACUUCAUCCAAUUGCAUUGAUUGAAUGUCAUACGAGGCGCCCUUAGAAAAUGGACCUGAAUUUUUACUCUGAUCUAAUGGAUGGGACUGGGCAACACGGAGAUCCAGAAUUCCUGGACCCUGGGUCUUUCAAUGGAUUUGACAAUAAGGUGACCUACAGCAAGAUUGGCUUGACAAGAGCAGUGUGUGUGUGUGCGCGCGCGCGCGCGCUCUAUGGAGGCAACUAUGACCCUCACAAACGCUCAGCCGUCUUAUAACCGCAUGUUAGGGCUUUGUUGAAUAUGUCGUAGCUACAGCACACGUGUAAUGUAUUGGCUGAUAUGGCGAGGUGAGCUGUGGUCAUUGGGAUGUUUACUAUGUGAAAAGUAUGCCUAGCUAUGUGUGUGGUUGUUAUACUGUUUGAGGUGUUGUUGAUCCUAUUCAUGAUGUCAUUGUCUUUAUAAAAGGGAUGGUGAUGGUCAUUGUUAUGCGUUGAUGAUGAUUUGACCUGUGUGUGUUUUGUGUUUCAGUUCCCUGGAGGCAGUGACAACUACCUGACCAUCAGCGGGGCAAGCCAUCCGUUCCUCUCCUCCUCUGAGGUAGCUACUAAAUUCUUCCACUUCACUCUCUUUUCUAAACUCUCAUUCCCUCUCCCCUAUCCUGUCUGUCUGUCUACAAAUCCUCAAACAAUCUGCAGUUACUCACACACCACAAACAUCCAGUAUAGCAGGUAACGAAGUCUCAUACCUCAAUGACAUACUUCUCCCCUCCCUCUUUUCCUCUACCGACUCCCCUCCACCCCCCCUCUUUCCUCUACUGUCUCCUCUCCACCCCUCCCCUCCCUCGUUUCUCUACUGUCUCCACCCCUCCCCUCCACCCCUCCCUCGUUCCUCUACUGUCUCCACCCCACCCCUCCCUCGUUCCUCUACUGUCUCCCUUCCACCCCUCCCCUCCCUCUUUCCUCUAUUGUCUCCCCUCCACCCCUCCCUCGUUCCUCUACUGUCUCCUCUCCCCUCCACCCCUCCCUCGUUCCUCUACUGUCUCCUCUCCACCCCUCCCCUCCCUCGUUCCUCUACUGUCUCCUCUCCACCCCUCCCCUCCCUCAUUCCUCUACUGUCUCCCCUCCACCCUCCCCUCCUCGUUCCUCUACUGUCUCCUCUCCACCCCUCCCUCCCUCGUUCCUCUACUGUCUCCUCUCCACCCUCCCCCUCGUUCCUCUACUGUCUCCCCUCCACCCCUCCCUCUCGUUCCUCUACUGUCUCCUCUCCCCCCCACCCCUCCCCCCUCGUCCUCUACUGUCAACUCUCCACCCCUCCCCUCCUCGUUCCUCUACUGUCUCCCUCCACACCCUCCCCCUCCCCUCUUUCCUUUUACUGUCUCCCCCACCCUCCCUCGUUCCUCUACUGUCUCCUGCCAACCCCUCCCCUCCCUGCUUUCCUCUCUGUCUCCCCCCACCCCUCCCUCCCUCGUUCCUCUACUGUCUCCUCUCACACCCCUCCCCUCCCUCGUUCCCUCUACUGCUCCCCUCCACCCCUCCCCUCCCUCGUUCCUCUACUGUCUCCUCUCCACCCCUCCCCUCCCUCGUUCCUCUACUGUCUCCUCUCCACCCCUCCCCUCCCUCGUUCCUCUACUGUCUCCCUUCCACCCCUCCCCCUUUCCUCUACUGUCUCCCCUCCACCCCUCCCUCGUUCUUCUACUGUCUCCUCUCCACCCCUCCCCUCCCUCGUUCCUCUACUGUCUCCUCUCCACCCCUCCCCUCCCUCUUUCCUCUACUCUCUCCCCUCCACCCCUCCCCUCCCUCGUUCCUCUGCUGUCUCCUCCCCACCCCUCCCCCUCCCUCGUUCCUCCUGCUGUCUCCUCUCCACCCCCUCCCCUCCCUCUUUCCUCUACUGUCUCCCCUCCACCCCUCCCCUCCCUCGUUCCUCUACUGUCUCCUCUCCCCCCCUCCCCUCCCUCGUUCCUCUACUGUCUCCUCUCCACCCCUCCCCUCGUUCCUCUACUGUCUCCUCUCCACCCCUCCCCUCCCUCUUUCCUCUACUCUACUGUCUCCCCUCCCCUCCCUCGUUCCUCUACUGUCUCCUCUCCACCCACCCUCCCCUCCCUUUUCCUCUACUGGCUCCUCUCCACCCCUCCCUCCCUCGUUCCUCUACUGCUCCUCUCCACCCCUCCCUCCCAUGUUCCCCUACGCUCCUCUCCACCCCUCCCCUCCUCGUUUCCUCUACUUCUCCCCUCCAACCCCUCCCCUCCCUCUUUCCUCUACUGUCUCCCCUCCAACCCUCCCUCCCUCGUUUCCUCUGCUGUCUCCUCUCCCACCCCUCCCCUCUGUUCCUUCUUACUCUCCCCCUCCAACCCCCACCCUCCCCUCCCUCGUUCCUCUACUGUUCUUCCCUCCACCCUCCCCUCCCUCUGUUCCUCUACCUGCCUCCUCCUCCACCCUCCCCCCUCCCUCGUUCCUCUACUGUCUCCCCUCCACCCCUCCCCUCCCUCGUUCCUCUCUGUCUCCCCUCCACCCCUCCUCGUUCCUCUACUGUCUCCUCUCCACCCCCCCCCUCCCUCGUUCCUCUACUGUCUCCUCUCCACCCCUCCCUCCUCGUCCUCUACUGUCUCCCCCCACCCCUACCCCUCCCUUACUGUUCCCCUCCACCCUCCCCUCCCCUCGUCUCUACGUCUCCUCCACCCCCUCCCUCGUCCCCUACUGGCUCCCUCCUCUCCACCCCUCCCCUCCCUCUUUCCCCUACUGGUCAUUCCAUACUCCACCCCCUCCCCCUCCCUCUUUUCCUCUACUGUCUCCCCUACCACCCCCUCCCCUUCCCUCGUUCCUACUGCUUGUCGCCAUCCAUCUCCACCCCCUCCCCUCCUCCCUCGUUCCUCUACUGUCUACCUCUCCACCCCCUCCCCUCCCCUCGUUCCUCUACUGUCUCCUCUCCACCCCCUCCCCUCCCCUCUUUCCUCUACUGUCUCCCCUCCACCCCUCCCCUCCCCUCGUUCCUCUGCUGUCUCCUCUCCACCCCUCCCCUCCCUCGUUCCUCUACUGCUCUCCCUCCUCCACCCCUCCCCUCCCUCGUUCCUCUACUGUCUCCUCUCCACCCCUCCCCUCCCUCGUUUCCUCUACUGGCUCCUCUCCACCCCUCCCCUCCCUCUUUCCUCUACUCUACUGUCUCCUCUCCACCCCUCCCCUCCCUCUUUCCUCUACUGUCUCCUCUCCACCCCUGCCCUCCCUCAUUCCUCUACUGUCUCCUCUCCACCCCUCCCCUCCCUCGUUCCUCUACUGUCUCCACCCCUCCCCUCCCUCGUUCCUCUACUGGCUCCUCUCCACCCCUCCCCUACCCUUUCCUCCUUACCCUCUCCCCCUAUCCCCUACCCUCUGUUCUCCCCCUUCUCAUUUCUCUCCAUUCUAUCCCUCCCCCCAACAGACAUUCCACACCCCCAGCCUGGGCGAUGAGGAGUUUGAGAUCCCCCCCAUCUCCCUGGAUCCGGACCAGGCCCUCACUGUGUCUGAUGAAGUGGCCCACUUUGGAGAGCUCUCGGACGGGGAGCGCGGUGGAUUGUCCACCCCCGGGAACGCGGUGGUGGGGGGAGAUGACCCGUCCUUCGCCUUGACCUUCGUCAACCCCCAUUCGGGGUCACAGGGGCUGGAGCACCAUCUUAGUCUGGGGGUCAUCAGUCAGCCUGGUGGAGGAGGGGCCAUGCUGGGGUCUGCUCUGGGCAUGGUGAGAACCAUAGAGAUACAUUUCAAUGUAUCCUCAAUGUGGUCCUCUGUAGCUCAAUUGGUAGAGCAUGGCGCUUGUAACGCCGGGGUAGUGGAUUCGAUCCCCGGGACCAUCCAUACGUAAAAAUGUAUGCACACAUGACUGUAAGUCGCUUUGGAUAAAAGCGUUGUGGUCCUCUGUAGCUCAAUUGGUAGAGCAUGGCGCUUGUAACGCCAGGGUAGUGGGUUCGAUCCCCGGGACCAUCCAUACGUAAAAAUGUAUGCACACAUGACUGUAAGUCGCUUUUGAUAAAAGCGUCUGCUAAAUGGCUUAUUAUUAUUAAUUAAGAUUCUCUGACCAAUAUGUCUGUCCUGUACUCACGUUGCCGGGAUGCCAAUGUCCAUUCUAGUGUUCUAUUUAAUUCUAUGUGAGGACUACAAGAUGUUCUUUAGCUCAUAAUACUCUGCCCUUGUCUAUGAACCCCACCUCUUUUCCAGGAUCUGGGACACCCCAUUGGCUCCCAGUUCAGCAGCUCCUCCCCCAUGACCAUAGACGUCCCGCUGAGUGACAUGGGCCACGGCCUCUUGGGCCACAAUCAGCUGACUACCAUGGACCAAUCAGAGUUCAGCGCCCAGCUGGGGCUCAGCCUGGGGGGCGGGGCCAUCCUGGCAUGCUCGCAAUCGCCUGACCAACCACUGUCGGCCGCUGCUUCGCCCGUCGGUUCGCUACAGGAUGACGACAUGGACGACUUCAGACGGGUCAGUCCUAUUGGUCAAUCUUUGUCAUGUCUGUAUUAGUCGAUCUGUCAGUCUCUGUCGGUAGGUCUUGUUUGUCCGUGUCUGUUGUAAUGUAAUUCUCAAUUCUGUGUUUACAGUGCAUUCCGAAAGUAUUCAGACCCCUUGACUUUUUCCACAUUUUGUUACGUUACAGCCUUAUUCUAAAAUUGAUUUAAAUUGUUUUUUUCCCCUCAUCAAUCUACACACAAUACCCCAUAAUGACAAAGCAAAAACAGGUUUUUAGAAAUUUUGCAAAUAUAUUAAAAACGGACAUAUUACAUUUACAUAAGUAUUCAGACACUUCACUCAGUACUUUGUUGAAACACCUUUGGCAACGAUUACAGCCUCGAGUCUUCUUGUGUAUGACGCUAAAAGCUUGGCACACCUGUAUUUGGGGAGUUUCUCCCUUCUCUGCAGAUCCUCUCAAGCUCUGUCAGGUUGGAUGGGGAGCGUCGCUGCACAGCUAUUUUCAGGUCUCUCCGGAGAUGUUCGAUCGGGUUCAAGUCCGGGCUCUGGCUGGGCCAUUCAAGGACAUUCAGAGACUUGUCCGAAGCCACUCAUGCGUUGUCUUGGCUGUGUGCUUAGGGUCGUUGUCCUGUUGGAAGGUGAACCUUCGCCCAAGUCUGAGGUCCUGAGCACUCUGGAGCAGGUUUUCAUCAAGGAUCUCUCUGUACUUUGUCCAGUUAAUCUUUCCCUCGAUCCUGACUAGUCUCCCUGCCGCUGAACAACAUCCCCACAGCAUGAUGCUGCCACCACCAUGCUUCACCGUAGGGAUGGUGCCAGGUUUCCUCCAGACGUGACGCUUGGAAUUCAGGCCAAAGAGUUCAAUCUUGGUUUCAUCAGACCAGAGAAUCUUGUUUCUCAUGGUCUGAGUCCUUUAGGUGCCUUUUGGCAAACUCCAAGCAGGCUGUCAUGUGCCUUUUACUGAAGAGUGGCUUCCGUCUGGCCACGCUACCAUAAAGACCUGAUUGGUGGAGUGCUGCAGAGAUGGUUGUCCUUCUGGAAGGUUCUCCCAUCUCCACAGAGGAACUCUGAAACUCUGUCUGAGUGACCAUCGGGUUCUUGGUCACCUCCCUGACCAAGGCCCUUCUCCCACGAUUGCUCAGUUUGGCGGCCAGUUCUAGGAAGAGUCCAGGUGGUUCCAAACUUCUUCCAUUUAAGAAUGAUGGAGGCCACUGUUUUCUUGUGGACCGUCAAUGCUGUAGAAUGUUUUUGAUACCCUUCCCCAGAUCUGUGCCUCGACACAAUCCUGUCUCGGUGCUCUACGGACAAUUCCUUCAACCUCAUGGCUUGGUUUUUGCUCCGACAUGCACUGUCAACUGUGGGACCAUUAUAUAGACAGGUGUGUGCCUUUCUAAAUCAUGUCCAAUCAAUAUAAUUUACCACAGGUGGACUCCAAGUUGUAGCAACAACUCAAGGAUGAUCAAUGGAAACCGGAUGCACAUGAGCUCAAUUUUGAGUCUCAUAGCAAAGGAUCUGAAUACCUAUGUUAAUAAGGUAUUUCUAAAAACCUGUUCGCUUUGUCAUUAUGGGGUAUUGUGUGUAGAUUGAUGAGGAUUUGUAUUUAUUUAAUCAAUUUUAGAAUAAGGCUGUAACGUAACAAAAUGUGGAAAAAGGAAGGGGUAUGAAUACUUUCCGAAUGCUUUGAUCAAUGUAUGGGAAACGGUUUUUCACUCUGUUUUUCCCUCUCCCCUGCUCUCUCGCCCAUUUUAAUUCAGCAGAGCGUGUUGGUGGAGUCCCCUGUCUCUCUCGGCGUCAUCUCCCUCGAUCCCUCUCUCUCCGAUUCCCACAUACCUUCCUCUGCUCCGUCCUCCAGCUCCCCUCCUACCCUCGUCCGGAGAGGAGGAGGGAAGAAAGGGAAGAAGAAAAACAAAGACCCUAAGGAGCCCCAGAAGCCGGUGUCGGCCUACGCUCUGUUCUUCAGGGACACACAGGCAGCCAUUAAGGGCCAGAACCCCAACGCCACCUUCGGAGAGGUGUCCAAGAUAGUCGCCUCCAUGUGGGAAAGUCUGGCGGAGGAACAGAAACAGGUACACACAUUCAUGCAAACGCACAUGUUCACAUUCACUAUACAAGCACAGAUAUGAAUAAUGUAUACUGAACAAAAAUAUAAACGCAACAUAUAAAGUGUUGGUUUCAUGAGCUGAAAUAAAAGAUCCCAGAAAUUUUCCAUACGCACAAAAAUCUAAUUUCUCUCAAAUGUAGUACACAAAUUUGUUUACACCCCUGUUAGUGAGCAUUUCUUCUAUGCUUAGAUAAUCCAUCCACCUGACAUGGUGGCAUAUCAAGAAGCUGAUUAGACAGCAUGAUCAUUACACAGGUGCACCUUGUACUGGGGACAAUAAGGCCUCUCUAAAAUGUGCAGUUUUGUCACACAACAUAUUGCCACAGAUGUCAAAAUUUUUGAGAGUGUGCAUUUCGCAUGCUAACUGCAGGAAUUUCCACCAGAGCAUUGAAUGUUAAUUUCUCUACCAUAAGCCGCCUCCAACGUCAUUUUAGAGAAUUUGGCAGUACGUCCAACCGGCCUCACAACUGCAGACCACGUGUAACCACGCCAGCCCAGGACCUCCACAUCCGGCUUCUUCACCUGCGGGAUCGUUUUAGACCAGCACCCUGACAGCUGAUGAAAAUGUGGGUUUGCACAACCAAAUAAUUUCUCCACAAACUGUCAGACCCGCUCAGGGAAGCUCAUCUGCGUGCUCGUCGUCCUCACCAGGGUCUUGACCUGACUGCAGUUCGGGGUCGUAACCAACUUCAGUGGGCAAAUGCUGUACCUUCGAUGGCCACUGGCACACUGGAGAAGUGUGCUCUUCACGGGUGAGUCCCGGUUUCAACCGUACCGGGCAGAUGGCAGACAUUGUGUGGGCGAGCAGUUUGCCCCAUGGUGGAGUUAUGGUAUGGGCAGGCAUAAGCUACAGACAACGAACACAAUUGCAUUUUAUCGAUGGCAAUUUGAAUGCACAGAGAUACCGUGUCGAGAUCCUGAGGCCAUUGUCGUGCCAUUCAUCCGCCACCAUCCCCAUGUUUCAGCAUGAUAAUGCACGGCCCCAUGUCGCAAGGAUCUGUACACAAUUCCUGGAAGCUGAAAAUGUCCCAGUUCUUCCAUGGCCUGCAUACUCACCAGACAUCACCAUUGAGCAUGUUUGGGAUGCUCUGGAUUGAUAUCCAGCAACUUUGCACAGCCAUUGAAGAGUGUGACAACAUUCCACAGGCCACAAUCAAUAGCCUGAUCAACUCUAUGCGAAGGAGAUGUGUCGCGCUGCAUAAGGCAAAUGGUGGUCACACCAGAUACUGACUGGUUUUCUGAUCCACGCCCCUACCUUUUUUUCUAAGGUAUCUGUGACCAACAGAUGCAUAUCUGUAUUCCCAGUCAUGUGAAAUCCAUAGAUUAGGGUCUAAUUUAUUUAUUCUAAUUGACUUAUAUGAACUGUAACUCAGUUACAAUCUUUGAAAUUGUUGCAUGUUGUGUUUUAUAUUUUUGUUCAGUGUAAUAUCAUUGGGUUCACACAUUCUCUCAUGAUAUCCCUGUAUGUAUUCCUCUCAGGUGUACAAGAGGAAGACUGAGGCAGCUAAGACGGAGUAUCUCAAGGCUCUGGCAGCCUACAGAGAUAAUCAACUUCCUGAGGUGAGACUAGUGUUCCUAGAGAAUGCUAUUCAGUUCUACUCUGUGUGUGUGUGAGUAGGUUUAUUAUGAUGGCCAGCCUUUGUCAACGGGCGGCAGGUAGCCUAGCAGUUAAGAGCAUUGUAACCGAAAGUGUGCAGGUUCAAAUCCCCGAGCCAACUAGGUGAAAAAACUGUUGAUGUACCCUUGAGCAAGGCACUUCACCCUAAUUGCUCCUUUAAGUCGCUCUGGAUAAGAGCGUCUGUUAAAUGACUAAAAUGUAAUGUAAAUGUAAUGUGGAAACUAAAUGUCCUCUUUUCCCUCAACCCCUCUCUCUUCCAACCCCUCCACCUUACUCCUCCUCUUCUCUCUCCCAGCCAACCAUCGAGCUUCUGGACACUGCUCCGUCGCCUCCCUCUCCUCCCUCUCCUCCUUCCCCUGCCCCCGUCGCCCCCCAUCCCCGCUCCACUCGUUCCUGUGCCCCCCACCUGGCCCCCGAGGAGAACACCAUCACCAACAUCUGCACCUCCAACAUCAUCCUAACAGGUGGCGACCUCCCUCAGGUCACCACCCGCUCCCGUACAGGGGCGCACAAACCGCCUGCCCCGUCACCAAGCCCCCCCACCAUCACCAAAAUCAUCAUCAAGCAACAGAAGUCCCCCUCAGGGGUGACGGUGGUGUCCAGUAGUACGGUAUCGUCGGCCCGUCAGCCACCGCCACUCCAACAGAUGCUGAACACCCCUCCUCCCCCCCGUCUCCAGCAGAUGGUACAUGCCCAGGCCCCUCCGCCACUGCAGGCCAAACCAAGAGCCGGGGGUGCCACAGCACCACCCCCUCUGCAGAUCAAGAUGGUCCAUCCCUCAGAUUUGGACUCUCCAAUUAUUGUGACGGCUGCGGGGGGGUUAGCCGCGUCGGGUGGGACCACUCCGACCUCGGGGGAGGUGGUACAGUCCUCUGCCAUAGUAAUGGCCUGUUCAACGGAGGCCGAGGACGGGGCUGAAGGAGAGGAAGGGGUAAGAUGCUUCCUAGAUAUGAUGAUAUCAUAAUAUAUGCUUGGUAAUAUGCCUGCUAAUUCUAUAAAUCUGUUAUGUGCCACUCAAUCCCCUCUCCUCCCAUCCGUCCUAGAUGCAGGUAGAGUUGAAUGUGUCUUCAGGGCCAGUUGUGACCCAGACCUCCAGCCCUAGCCUGUGUGUCCGAGCCGGAUGCACCAACCCAGCUGUAGAGAACAAGGACUGGGACAGGGAGUACUGCAGCAACGAGUGUGUGGCCAUACACUGCAGGUUCGGACGGAUGGAUGUAUACAUGCAUACAUACACACACACACACAAAAACAAACACCCACACACACACUGACAUUGCCACCUGAAAUGCUUGGGAGUCAAGAUAGAUCAUGUUCUUCCCAAAGAAUGGAAAAUGUCGAUAAAGCAACAUUUCUGCUCCCAAUUGUGAUUUUUUUAAAAUUGUGUUGAUUGAUCUAUUGACUAUCUCUAUAGGGAUGUAUUCAUGGCCUGGUGUGCGAUCCGAGGGCAGAACUCCACUUCCGUCACGUAAGGAAUGGACAGAAGGGAGGAGGAGUGAGAGAAGAUUAUCAUGAUAGGGAGGACUAGGAAGGAGAGAAGAGACUGGACAUGAUGGAGGGAGGAGAUGGAAGGAGAGGAGAGAGGGACUUGGCUUUUAUUCACAGCAGACUUUGUCCUCUAAGAAGAAUCAAGUGGAAGACCAAAACUCCUGUGAUGUUAAAUUAUGAAGUUUAAAUAAUGAGAGUAUUUUAUAUGAAAUGUUUUUAAUCAUUUUAAAAUGUUGGUGAAAUGUAAUAUAACGCUGCAGUUACUAUUGGUAUGUCUCUUGCAUUUCAUAGCUUGGGCCUUAGAGUUGGAUAAAGGGCACGUCUUUGCAUAUUUGAGAAUGGCGCCACCCAUGCUAAAAUUGGCUUUGUGUCAAAUGCUCCAAUUCUGUGGCUAAGAUCAGGAGUUUUUCUCCUGAUCAUGUGACCCAACAAGGAAACACUCUGGGCCCUGUUACCAUAUUCUUCCUGGCUAGGUCACGUGAUCAGGAGAAACAACUGUCCCUAUCCAUCAGCCAAUGAGAAGAAGGCAUGUUUAUUUCACAUGUGCAUCCUCUCGUCUGACUGUUGCAUUGAAACAGAGAUCACGGUAUCAAUGUUGCCUGCGACUUAAAAAUCAGUGUCACCUCAGUCCUAGAGGGAAUUUCACCUCGGUCUAAUGGUGCAGACCGGGUUUCAGAUCCCACCGUAACAUAAGCUAAACCCCUGGGCUGCGUUCAGGAGUGUGAAAAAUUCUGAAAGUUGCUGAUAGAAAUGCCAUUUAUAGAACUGACAUGAUUCCUUUCUCGAGUACAUGACAGACAAGCAUGUCUGUUUACAUAAUAUAUUUAUAUCUGAACAGUUGUUCCAUACUGAACAUGAUUGCCAUUGAAUGGGAAGGCUUCUUGUAUACAUAUUACGAACAUUCAGGAUUCCAGUUUGUUUUUGAAAAACCAUCAUGUUGGUGAAAAUAAAACUGUAGGAAACAUAUUUGAAAGAAAAUAGUCAUUUAAGUAACGCGCAAAAAACAUUAAACCAGCUUUUACUUUGACACUACAUGACCAAAAGUAUGU